UCACCAGGCAUCAGGUCAUUUGGCUCGACAGCGGGCACCGCGUCAUCUGGCAAGGCAGUGGGCUCCGAGUCAACAGGCACGACAGUGGGCACCGGGUCAUCAGGUACCGGAUUGUCUGGCUCGACAGCAGGCAUCGGGUCACCAGGUAUGACAGCGGGCACUGGGUCACCAGGCAUCAGGUCAUUUGGCUCGCCAGCGGGCACCGCGUCAUCUGGCAAGGCAGUGGGCACCGAGUCACCAGGUACGACAGCGGGCUCUGAGUCAAUUGGCACGACAGCGGGCACCGGAUCAGGUACCGGAUCAUCUGGAUCAACAGCGGGCAUCGAGUCAACUGGCCUAAUAGGAUCGUCAGGCUGGAUCAGUUCAUCAUGCUGGGUAGAGGCAUCAGGCUGAAUGCCGGCGUCCGGCUGAGUAGAGGCUUCAGGCCGAGUAGAGGCUUCAGGCCGAGUAGAGGCAUCAGGCCGAGUAGAGGGCAUCAGGCCGAGUAGAGGCUUCAGGCCGAGUAGAGGCAUCAGGCCGAGUAGAGGCUUCAGGCCGAGUAGAGGCAUC